CUUCCCGCCGCAACGACCUGCGACCCUCAGCACCGCCGAAUCCAUCCACACCGUCCAUCUCCAAACCCCCCCUCUCGGCGACAUAGGUGCAUCUCGAAUUCAAAAAGCCGCCCGGGUCGCUACUUCCCUCGACUCGCCGCCAUGUCUCUCGAUCCUCCCACCUACCUGGCCUCGCUGCAGAACAACAUCCGCCAGCGGCCAAUCCCCUGGGAUGGCGCUGUUAGAGCAGGCACCAUCACAGAGGACCACCUGGCCCGCAUCCGCGCUGUUGAUAAGGCGAAGAAGCCCGAAGCUCGGAAGGAGAUUGUAGAAGGAGAUCUCGAUGGCUACCGCUCCCUCUUUGUUGGUGAAUCCGGAAAGCCCUCGGUGAUCGAGUCCGCAGGCAAGCAAGCCAAUGUCGUCCAGUAUAUCCUCGUCCUCUUGGCGGACCUCUUGCCCAGUGUACCGUCACUCUCGAAGGCUAUUUUCAAAAACACCGACCCCUACAAGCACUUUCUACCUUUGCUCGCCCACUCGAAUAAUACCGAGGACCCUAUCCCCUUGCUCACAUCGACGGCUCUAACCAAGCUCAUGUCGCUCUCAUUGAACGAAUCGCAGGCGACCCGAAACGCCAUUCCCGUGCUCCUCUCCUACCUAUCUGGCCUCGCGAAGAGUUCUGAUGCAGGCCUUCAGGAUAUCGCGGUCCAGGAAUACUCCUCCAUUCUCUACGGACACGCCGCGAGACAACAAUUCUGGAACCAAAGAAGCGAGACGAUUGCGCCUCUGAUUGACAUCCUCAGAACAGCAGCUGGCAUUGGCAGCAACGGCAGCUCCUCGGCAAGCAUAUGGAGCGGAACCGCGCCCACAAGAAACGCCGGAUUUGAGGGUUCGCUCGGCGGCGGUGUUGGUUUGCAAUUGCUAUACCAUGUACUACUGGUCAUCUGGCAAAUGAGCUUCGAAGCCGAAGAUAUUGGUGACGAGCUUAACGACGAGUACGAUAUUGUCUUGCUGUACACCCAGCUUUUGCGCCUCUCUCCCAAGGAGAAGACGACCCGAUUGGUUGUUUCUACCCUUUUCAACUUGCUCAGCAAGAAUCAGAAAUCACUCCUCCCUACUGCAGUCCUUGCGCGACUACCUGCGCUCCUUGACAACCUGAGCGGCCGCCACCUGACAGACCCUGACCUACUCGAAGACGCACAAAGUCUCAAGGAACUUCUCGAGGAGUACACCAAGACAAAGACAACCUUUGACGAGUACGUCGCUGAGGUCGAGUCUGGUCACCUCCGGUGGUCACCGCCUCACAGAAGCCAGGUUUUCUGGGCCGAAAAUGCGCGCAAGAUUUUGGAGCACGAGAACGGAGCUAUUGCGCGCCAGCUCGCCGAGAUUAUGAAGAAGCCGUGGGAGAACGACAAGGCAGUCCUGGCUAUUGCAUGCAACGAUGUUGGGGCCUUGGUUAAGGAGGUGCCUGAGAUGAGAUACAAGCUGGAGAAGCUUGGUCUCAAGACCAGAGUUAUGGAGCUAAUGGGAGAGUCGGACGAAAAUGUCCGUUGGGAGAGUUUGAAGGCAUUGGGUGGCUGGUUGAAGUACAGCUUUGACAACUAA